AUGAAGGCGAUCUUUUCUCUGAUUCUCCUCUGGGCACUCUCCAGCACAGCUGGAGCACUUCAGUGUCAAACCUGCACAGAUCAGAUGUGUUCAAGCACAGUACUAAAUACAUGCUCCACAGAGAUGAUGUGUAUCACAGCUAAUAUUCUAGCUGCUUCAUCUGGAACUCAGGUAACACAAAUCUACAAGGCAUGUGCCCCUCCCUCUCUGUGUCCAUCCACGGGGACUCAGAUAUUUUCAGUCAGUCUGGGUUUUCUAAGUGCUCUCGCAUCUGCCGUGUGCUGCAACACAGAUAACUGCAACUCAGAGAUUCUGGGUAAUUCUGCUCCUCAGUCAAGUAAUGGCCGACUGUGUAACGUUUGUGCCACCUCUGAGUGCAAUAGUCCAUUACAGUGUCAGGGAGUGGAGGACCAAUGCUUUGUAUCAACAAGUGAGUCUCUGUGGUGUAUACUUUAA